GCAAACCAAUAAAGCAUAUAUAUGCUUUUACACUAACAAAAUGUACAGGGAUUCGACUGCAACACCCUCGCAAUGACGCAACACUAAAAUACCAUUGUAUUGUGUCAACACUGGUUUGCAAAUUAUCAGCUGUUCUGAAAAAUAAAAACAUUGCCGCAAAAAAAUUAAAGUGUAUAAAACAUGUAAAAAAAGAGAAAAACCAAACAAAAAAUGGAUAGAAAGUGAAAUAAAAUUUAUAUUGGAAUAUUUGCAGGAAGCACCAGAAAUAGAGGUACCGACAGCACACAUUUUUUAUAAAAAACUGAUAGAAAAAAACCCGUAUAGACGCUACAUGGGAGCUGAAUCGGUGGAAAGUGCGGCACUUGAAAACCUCUUUUAAAAAAGCAAGCGAUUGGCGAAAGUCAACAGGAGCAGGCCUUUUCGAGUCCGAUGUUGGGAUGUCGAGUGUUGAAGGAAACGUUCUGCAGAUGUGCCCUCUUUUUAAUCAACUCAACGGUAUUUUUGGAGCAAAACGUACAGCUGCAUUGUCAUUUGAAGUGUUCGAUACUGGCGACACGGCCAUCAUGGACGAAAGCGCGACGGACCAAAUAUUGGAAGAAACUUUUUGCGAUGUGGAAGAAGAAAAUCAAUAUUCAAUUGAUCUCGUCAAUGACGAAAGUCAACCAUCAGGCAAUGUGAAACUCCAGCUGCAAUGCAACAUGCCAAUCACAGUAAUUUUGACAAUGACAACAAUAAUAUCAGUAUCAGUGGACAAGAGUACAGCUACUCAUCGCUAGUUGAUAACAAUAGUGUACGUUUACUAAAAUAGCACUUUCGCCAUAGCUACAUAUGUCUAAGCAAACUGUUGGGUUUUGUUCUAAUGCAGAAUUAUCUUCAUUUAUUUUUUUUUUUUUAAUUUUUCCAGUUUAGAUAAUUCUUGAUACCCAGCGACACAAGAUUUAAGUUUAUAUUGGCAUUAUAACACACGCUCUUGUAGCGUGCCAAGUCCUCACGAAUUAAAUUAGUCGUUAAAACCUGACCUUCCAUUUCGUCAAUAUCGACAUCUUAAUUUUCAUUGAAAAUGUAAAAAAAAAAUAUUUUUUUUUUUAAUUUGUUUUAGAUUUUACUGUACAUAUAUUCUUAUUUGUUGAAUCUGCAUCUAUGUAUGUAUAUAUAAAAAAAUAAAACUCAAAAACGGCUGAACCGAUUAGGCUUAAAUUUGGUUUGUAGGUAGGUUAGAACCGGGAGAAGGAUAUAGCCAUUCUCGCGUCGAGAACGUGAAUUAACUGUGGUAUAAAAAUCAUAACUAACAUUCCAUAUAAAACGCAAAUAGAGAAAUGAACAUAUCGUUCCAAACAUCAGUGUAGGCGUUCAUUUCGAAAAAGUUAAAACAAAACGAAAAAUCAGUCAAAACAUCAAUGUUGCCGUUCAUUUGAUUUGACGGAAAUAUAAUGUUGUCUUUGGUUGAAUAAUUAUAAUUGACGAUAAAUCGUGCAAUGGAGGACGCAUUUAGUAGAGUACUGAAACGGAAACGUGAAUAUGAUCAGCAGAAAUAAACUUAGUAGUUAAAAUGAAUAUACCCCUGUUGAAUCUCCAACAAAAAGAAGUACAGUGAGCAAAAAAAGUUUACGUUCAGAUCAUCAUAAAAGAUUUAUGGUCUGAAAUCCCAACUAAAACAAACCGUAAUUAGAAAUUUUUUUUAUGCAAUGUGCACCGAUACAAUUAAAAUUAAAUAUUUGAUUUAAUAAUGCCCUUCAUUUUUUUCAAGGAAUUCAAUAUUGUCAUACAGCAAAAAAAAAAAAAACAAAACAAGUAAGGAAGGGCUAAGUUCGGGUGUAACCGAACAUUCGCAAUUUAUUUAUUUAACUUUAUUUAUAUUAAUAAUACACAAUUUGACCCACAUAUUCGUCAUAUAUAUUGUAUAAAGUCCAUUGAAAGUUGGAAACUAUAAUAUUAGUUCAGAAGCACCGAGGUCCUCGUGUUCGAUAUAUGGGGCCUUAAAAACCUAUGGUCCGACUUCGGCGAUUUUUAGAAUGGGGCUGCCACACUAUUAACAUAGUAUUUGUGCAAAGUUCUGCAUCGAUAUCUUCACUAGUACUUACUUUAUAUAUUGUAAAGUAAACGAUUCAGAUUGUCUUCAAACUUCUGGUAUAUAGGAAGUAGGCGUGGUUGUAAAGCGAUUUGGCCUAUUACAAACCAAGUUUCAUUGAAAU